UUUUUGUAUUGCUGUUAUCAGAGAGGGCUUUGAGCCUCUUCCAAGUCUUAGAAUAACACAGAACAACACAGACAAACAUAUAUACACAAAUACUGUUACAACAACAUUUAUUUAGACAUAUAACUUGUCUUGCAAGAAGCGAAAACGACAAGGUGAUUUCAACCAAAAAGUGGUUUUGAGGGCUCUAAUCAUUUCCCAUUUUUCUCACCAUUCCAAGCCCAAGCAUAAUGUUCUGAGUGGCCACACACACACACAUAACAAAACACAACCAGACAUUUGUCUGACGGCUAACUUAAUAUAUUGCAGAGCAUUCCGAUUGCUCAAAAAACUUUGUUCUGAGGGAGUAAAUUUUGAUUUAUGACUUUAACUAAUCAACAAAGAAUUAGCCUCUUCAGAAGAAGCUGAAAAUCCAAUUAAAGAUGUUUUUUGAAGGAAUAAAUUUUACUUAGUUGCAAGCAGAAGCGGGCUGAUAGUUAAUUGCCGUUCUGAAGUAUUUGGGUCCAUUUUUUUUUCUUUUGACAGGAGUGAACACUAUAGUGUUUUAGCCUAAGCGUCCGAUGCUUAAGAUUCGAAGAAUACUGUUUUCUUAUCUCCCCAGUCAGCUUCCUUAUGUUCGUUUAAAGCCUUGCCAGGCCUGAUUUCUGUAGCAGGAGUCUGAACUCCUGUACAUGCUUUUGCUGAGGGUGAGAUAAUUUACAGCCCAUACUUACUCACUGAGGGGUCUCGUAAGACGAAAGUGCACCUAGGAGUCUGUUCCAGACGAUGGAAUGCGAUUCCUUAACCACAGGAGCAGGAAUCCCAGUGGGAGACAAGCUGAAUGUCCUGACCGUUGGUCCAAGAGGUCCACUCCUGGUUCAGGAUGUGGUUUUCACCGAUGAGAUGGCACACUUCGACCGAGAGAGGAUUCCUGAAAGAGUUGUCCAUGCCAAAGGAGCCGGAGCAUUUGGCUAUUUUGAAGUGACUCAUGAUAUCACCAAAUUCUGCAAAGCAAAGAUAUUUGAGCACAUAGGCAAAAGAACGCCAAUGGCUAUUCGGUUUUCAACUGUUGCUGGAGAAUCGGGCUCAGCUGACACAGUGCGUGACCCUCGAGGUUUUGCAAUGAAAUUCUACACUGAAGAUGGAAAUUGGGAUCUUGUAGGGAACAACACUCCCAUCUUCUUCAUUAGAGAUGCAAUACUGUUUCCAUCUUUUAUCCAUAGUCAAAAGAGGAAUCCACAGACACAUCUGAAAGAUGCAGACAUGGUAUGGGACUUUUGGAGUCUUCGCCCUGAGUCUUUGCACCAGGUAUCAUUCCUGUUCAGCGAUCGUGGCAUUCCAGAUGGGCACCGUCACAUGAAUGGCUAUGGGUCACAUACAUUUAAGCUAGUCAAUGCUUAUGGCAAUGAAAUAUACUGCAAAUUCCAUGUAAAGACUGACCAAGGAAUUAAAAACCUCCCUGUCAAAGAUGCAGAAAGAUUAGCUUCUGAAGAUCCGGAUUAUGGCCUGCGUGAUCUUUACAAUGCAAUUGCUAAUGGAAACUUCCCCUCUUGGACUUUCUAUAUUCAAGUUAUGACAUUUGAACAAGCUGAGAAAUUUCCAUUUAAUCCUUUUGAUCUAACGAAGAUUUGGCCUCACAAAGAUUAUCCUCUCAUUCCUGUGGGAAAAGUUGUCUUAAACCGAAAUCCUGUCAAUUAUUUUGCUGAAGUGGAACAAAUGGCUUUUGACCCAAGCAACAUGCCCCCAGGGAUUGAACCUAGCCCCGAUAAAAUGUUACAGGGUCGUCUUUUCUCGUAUCCAGAUACGCACAGACACCGCCUGGGACCCAACUACCUUCAAAUUCCUGUAAAUUGUCCAUACCGAGCUAGAGUGGCUAACUACCAGAGAGAUGGAUUUAUGUGCAUAUCUGAUAACCAGGGUGGUGCCCCAAACUAUUACCCAAAUAGCUUUACUGGCCCUGAGGAACAGCCCGCUUUGAAGGAGAGCCGUACAACUUCCUCGGGCGAUAUACAGCGCUUUAAUAGUUCAGUUGAGGAUAACGUCUCUCAAGUACGGGACUUUUUUGUCAAAGUAUUGAAUGAGGAAGAGCGCAUGAGACUUUGCGAGAAUAUUGCUGGCCAUCUUAAGGACGCUCAGAUUUUCAUCCAGAAGAAAGCUGUGAAAAACUUUAUGGAUGUUCAUCCUGAUUAUGGUGCAGGCAUUCAAGCCCAUCUGGAUAGACACAAUGCUAAAGGGCAAAAAAAAGGAUCAAAUUCAUACUUAUACACAAACUUCUGGAAAGGAGAAAUCUCAGCUGUAAAUGGCAUGUGAUUACCAGUCACAUUGGAAAUCUUCACCUGAAAUCCCUCCAACUGGAAAAUGAGCUUUGAAAAGCUUUAUGUAUAAUGGAAUUAUACAUGCUAUUAUCCUGUGCUAUUAACUGCAAUAUAUAACCAAGUGCAAUUCUAUUUUAACAACAAUUUGAAUUAAUUAUAUAGAUUAUUAAUUUGGAAUCUAUCCUGAUGAUAUGUUUGAAAUAUGUCUGAAAUACAAGAAGAAUAACUUUGUGCUUAAUUUUGCUUAUUAACAUGUUUUAUUCUUGUGAUUGAUUUUUUUCAUUUAUUUACCCAUAGAACAGACAUUGCUGUGAUUGAUAUCUUUUAUUGGUAGUGCUGGUCUUAAUAGUAUGACAAAUCCUUUUCAAAUGGAUAUUAAAAAUAUAAAAAAAACAAUUUUUAAAACUGCACAUGAAUGUCAAUCUUUUAACAACAAAUCUCCUCAUAGUACAUUUUAAAACUAUUAUAAAGUACUUGAGGGAGAAUUAUGUUUAAAUGUGAAAUUUACCAGUGUUAUGAAAGCUUUAUAAAUAAUAGUAUUAUGUUCCAAGCUGUUAGUUGCAAUAAAAAAGCAUUCCAAUUUGAAGAUCCUUUAAGAAAAACAAUAUAGAUGAUUUAUGCUGAAUCUGUGAUGAUGAUAAUAAACAUGAAAUGGCAUGUCUGAAGUAGUAUAACAAUUUUGUGCUUAUUUUGUCUAUCAAAACAUGAUUUGUAUUCUUAUAACAAAUCUCACAUUUAUUCUUUUAAAGAAUAUACAUGUCUUUUUCCUUUUAUUGGUAAUCCUGACAGUACUAUAAGAAGUAAAUAAAACAUUACUAAAUAGAUAUUAACAAUAAAAGCAACUUUAAAUAAAUAUACAUUAUAUAUGAAUGUUUUUAACAGAAAAUCUGCGUUCAUAUGGUACCCUUAAGAAUUGUUAAAAUAACUUGGUGGAUUAUGUUAAAGGGAUAUUUUAUUUGUUCUUGGACUAAAUGUUUCUUUUGUUGGUUCAGGAUGGAUCUCAACAGCAGACUUUUGAAACAAAAAUAAAUGGAACCUUUUUACAAUGCUCAUUCUAUAAUAAAAUUCUCAUAAAAUA